AGUUAAUGAAAUCUGUGGGAAAAGGGAAAACUUCUACCAUACUAUUAAGUAGUACCUGGUUAUGACAAGAAAAACCCUUAAUUUAUCCCAGUAGUCCAAUUGCAGAGCAUCCUAAGGGAGCCCUCAUAGCUGUCUACAACUUCCUCAUGAGGGGAAAAGGAGGAGCAGGCACUGAUCUCUUCUCUGUGGUGACCAGUGACAGGACCUGAGGGAAUGGCUGGAGCUGUGUCAGGGCAGGGUUAGGUUGGAUACUGAGAAAAGGUUCUUCCCUCAGAGGGUAGCUGGGCACUGAACAGGCUCCCCAGGGCAGUGGUCAGGGUCCCAAACCAGACAGAGCUCAAGGAGUGUUUGGACACUCUCAGGCACAUGGUGGAGUUCUUGGAGUGUCCUGUGCAGGGCCAGGAGUUGGACUUGAUGAUCCUCGUGGGUCCCUUCACACUCAGGAUACUCUAUAUUGCUAAGUCAACUCAUGCCAACUUUUUGAACGGACUGUUUGUGCAGUAGACACAGCUGUUAAGUUCCCAGGUGCAAAAGAAGAGUCUGCGAUGACUGGGAUGUGAAUAAAGACUCAUGGCUACAUGGCAAAAAAAUGUUCAGUUAAUAAAAUAACUAGCAUCAGUCCCUAGUCCACAACUGAGCCCUGGCAUCCAUGGCUGACUGGCAGAUGGCUCAGAGGGAAUGAAGGUUUGCCUGAGAUCUACAUGAUAUCUCUGAUAAUGCAUUAAACUGAUGUAUAAGGGACCUGAGAGAAGUGAUUCUCUGACAAUGCUGAGGGGUGGGUUAUUCUAUAAAUUUGGACCACAACUGGUCUAUCCCCUGUGUGACAGAGCAGUGCUUUUCACAGGGAUAGAAGGGAUAGAAACCUUCUUGCCACGUGCUGCUGAGUGAACUUUCAGGCUGUCUCACCAGCUUCCCAGGAUAUGACUGCAAGCACUCAGAUGUGACAUUCGGCCCUUCUCUCAUCACCUUUGACUGUGGCAGCUGUUUUUUUGACUGGGAUGUUACUCCUGGGGCUGGGCAGGUGAGGCUGUGAAAUCCUGAACUGAACACAUUUAAAAGCAGGGUGGGAGAGACCUUCUGAUGAAUUAUGUUGAGGGCUAUUCUGGCACUGCACAAACCAACCUGGCGAUUACUUGUGCUGGCACUUACUAGAGUCCUAAAUGCAUAUCUUUGGAUAUGCUUUUGCAAGGAGCAGCAGGAAAACCUUAAAUGUAUGCUUCUGCCUUACCUACUUAGUAUAGAGAUGGAACUACCUUCCUGAGGCUCAGCAUAUUAUUCUAAUUUGAGUUCACAGUCUCUUCAGUCUUAAAAAAACCCAUGAGCCAAGUGGACAUUUUUUUUGCAAAAGAAGGCCCUUUUUCUUCUGUCUGCUUUCUUUAUGUCAUUAGUUUGGGCACUGCUAGGUAUACAGUCAUUAUAUCAUGUUUUAAUUGUCUAAAUCUCCUCAUGACAGAAAGUCAUUUGAAAGGCUUCCUUGAUCUGUUAAAGGACAAUUGAAGACAAAUUGAACACCAUCCGUUUUUUUUUUACAAAAAAAGAGACACAGUAUGUUGGCUCCAUAGUCAAAAGCAGACUUUCAUUCCAAUGGCAGUGCCUGCUCUGUAUUCUGUUGUAUCUCCUGUGGCAGAGAUCAACCUUUUCCUCUCCGAGGUGUAGUUAGUUGACUUCUAGCUAGGAGAACACUCUAUAUUAGGAGUGUUUUUCCUAUACUGGGAUGCAGAAGAUUUUGUCUUAAAGCCCCGUAAGGGCAAAAAGGACAAAACCACCAACCCAGGAGCCUGUACAAUCCCCAGUGGAUCAAUUCCAAAAUUCUUACAGUAAUUAAGAUAAGAAGGAAGGAUGAAGUAUAUUGCAACUUGGAAGUGCAGUGAGCUACCAAAGCAGUAUUGCUAGUCCACAUCCUCCCUCAGGGUUUGGCCUAAAGCCUGGAAGUGUGACAAGACCUGUGCCUAUAGGGUAGGUUGGGUUGCCCUAGUAGGUAAUGCUAUUGCAGGAACAUGGAAACCAGGAGGUUUCCCCCUGCUGCAAGAUGCAGCAGGAAGACUGGGAAUUCCUGUAUGUUACUCUGGCUAAUUUGCUGUCACCUUUACCAGGGCUGCACUAGCCAGCAGCAGCAGUAUUAUUAAUGAUGCCUCCCAUGGACAUAUUGUCCUUAUAUGAAGAUCUCUAAGCAUAUGUAAACAGUAAUUAAGCCUCUUAACACCUCAGGGAGUUCCAGAGGGUUCACAUCAGUUACUUUUAUGAUGCAGCUCUGCAGCUGUUUGACUGCACAUGGCCCUGCUAGUUACUGACUGCGGAGUCUGCUAGAACUGGACUCACAACCCCAUCCUUUUUCUGCAAUAAAUGGAGGGGGAGUAGCACUUUCUCUCCACUCUCUUUUCAUGGAAUCACAGGAUGGUUUGGGUUGGAAGGGACCUUAAAGAUCCUCUUAUUCCAAGUCAGGAAAACUUUCCACUAGACCAGGAUGCUCAGAGCCCUGUCCAACCUGGCCUUGGACACUUGAACACAAUCAUUGCUUCGAGAGCAACAUAUAAAAUCCAGCCAAAGUUCUCUGCAGUGGGGAAGUCACCCCUCUUUCAGUGUGAAUGAAGGCACACUGCCUCAGUAAAGAUUCCAUGUCACUGUGCCUUUUGUUCUGAUUUACCUUAACUCAAGGCAAAGUCUUCUGUUUCACACGGGCCAUGCAUAGACAGAGAUUCAGGAUGGACCAUGAUAAAACUGAAUCUUUUUUGCCAUUGUAAAUGUAAGGCAAUUUCAGGGAGGUUUUUGCUGUUCUCCAAACAGUAAUUGCAUCAGAAGGACAGAGAUCAGAACAUUCUGUACUACCUAUUGGCUACACAAUUCACCAUUAGAAAUUGGAAAGUCGAACUGCUCAUUUUCUGGCUCCUAUAAAUAUCUGCUCUAUUUGGCUUCCAGAUCACUGGGAGCAGAUGUACCAGAUCAUUAAGGGAGCAAAGAGGAUUUUGCAUCCUCAAUUUUUAUUGCUACCAUAAAUACUUUGGUAGUCACUGCAUGGGGAAUCAGACUCUGCAGAGCUUGCAAUCUGCAUGUUAGGCACGAUCAAGUGCUUUGCAGACAUGGGCAGGAUAAAGGCAGGAGUAGGCAAAAUGGGAAUAAAAAGUAAAGUGGUAAGAGUUCAUCACAUCCUGGUUUGGCAGCUGCCUGCUGACCACAACAUGUCAGGGAUUUUCAGGCAUAAUAAGAAUGAAAGAUUUGAUGAUGAGGAGUGAGACAGUAGGCUUACUAAUUUCUAUGGGGAGGUUUCUCCAGGUGUAGGGCUGAAGCAGAAGGGGAUGGGAGCAUGGUACCAUCACAGAGAGACUUAGUUGAGACUAAUUUAGCAGGGACAUCUUUGCAGAGGGGAGAUGACAUGGGUAUCUGCCAGGUGAACAAGAAGAGGGAGAGAUGUCUUAGACUUUCAGAAUCGCCAUGAGGCUCACAGAUGCUGGUGUGAUAAUGAAGAGCAUCUGAUUGUAAAACCCAGAUAGACAUCAUUUUCUUUUAACAGCAGCAUUUCAGUUACAAGAGCAUCCUCUUUCCUGUGGUGGGAGCCCCAGUCAUUUGCAGGUGGCCUGCACAACAUCUGUGUACCAUUUAUAUCUCUCUUCAGCUUCUGAAGUAAAGUCUGGUUUGAUGGGCCUGCUUGAUCAGCUGGGUGCACAGAGUGGAGGAACAUCAGAAGGUAGGGGAGAGGCAAAGGAAGAGAGAAUCCCUUCUCCAGUGGCAGUGGAUGUUCAGUGGCAAGUUCUAGUAUGUACUUUCCCUUCUGCAGGAACAGCUGGUCGGAAUCAAUUUCUCAGUCCAAUGCUGUUGGUGGGUUUGUGUGGGAGUGAAAUGGAAGAGGAAAAUUCUCAAAAGGACUGAAGCAUUCAAGUAUUACCAAGAGAGUUUUAUAAAGACUUCCCUUGAUUUCAGAUGGGAAAACAAGAGGCAGGGAUCAGCAUUUCAGAUCAAACACUGUAGUCUCAUUAUGUGGAUGCUUCACUAGUUGUAUCAGGAAUUAAAUGUGUGUUCUGCCCAUGGCUCAGGCAUAUUGGAAAUGCUAUGAGGUCUGGGUUUGGAGAUCCAUAUGCUGCUUAUACCAGAGGCCUUGGACAAUCUGGUUCAUUCUGUGUUCUUUGUAGAGCUCUAGGACUAGAACAAUUUUCCUGGAAUCCCUUGGAUUGGGAUUUCUCCCUCCACUUUUGUUGCCCUGAUUCACAAUUCAUCCUCAGUGACUCCUUCUAUAGCAAACUGAGAGAGAGGUGCAAGUCCAGGGGACACCUCUUUUCUAAGAUUGACAUUUUGAGUUAUGGCAGAUAAGUAGGUUACUAGAGCAUACUGUUUCUCUCUCCAACCACUCCUGGGUCCUGGAGUAACCAGAACUGAGCAUGUAAAGCUUGGUGAGAUAACCCCCAACCUAAUGUCUAAAUCAUCACCUUCUUUUUCUUUUGGCUUCUCAUAUCUGGCCAAGAUUUUAGCAUAAAAACCUCUUUGCUGCCACCAUGCCUAAGGGCUGCAGGUUUUUUUAAUAAGAGGCUGUUAUUACCCAACUGGUCAAGACAUAUUUUUGGGCUCAUUCCCAGGAAGUUUUUGAAUGAUGUUUGGGAUCAACAUGAAGUCACUUCUCCUUGCCAGUCACAGUGCAGCCUUGAAACAAUACUGAUUCAAGACAUGUUGAAUGGAGACUAGAUUUAGAGAUGAAAGCCAAAGGUUUCUGAAUUCUCUAGGCUUAGGAGAUUUUUGGGAAUUCAUUUUGGGAGACAGGGCUGCUUCAGGCUCCUACACAAAAGCAUACAAUGAGAGAAGAUCCUUACCUCAAAGAACUGCUCAAGUAAGUAGGCAAGACUAAAAAGAGGUGGGUAUAGAAGCAAAGAGGACUCAAUUCAGAUGCCUAUACAUAGGUAGGUAUCUAGGGCCACUGGAGAUGCCUUAAGAUAGCUCUGAGAUCCAUGUGGAGCUCACAGAUAUGGCACAGAACUUGCAGGAAUCCUUGGACUACCAGAACAGCGGGAGGUCAGGUGAGAUGCCUUAGGGUAUCCUGAAUGUCCAUAGGUUCCUAUGUGUGGGCAGCUGGAUCAGUCCUUAGAACUCCUCUAAGCAUUGUAGAAGUUAAUUAGAUGUAGACAACCAAAUUUAGGUGUCUUGUAAGAUGUUCACACUUGAAAUGACUUGCCCAAGGUCACAAAGAUAACAGCCUCAGAGCCAGAAUCUGGUUUGCACCCAAGUGGGUGGAAUUCGCUGGAUUUGGCUCUCCACUAACUACAGGUCACCUUCACCUCACUCCUGUGAGAGAGGCAAGAUUUCCUUCUGCUUUAUAAGUCUGGAAAAUGAGGCAUGGGAAGGCUGAGUGACGUUUUUGAGACCUCAGAGUAAACUUAGUAUGUCAUAUGCAGAAGAAAAAUCUAUGCUGGUAAAAUUAACAUUCUGGUUUUUAGGACCAUAAUUUACACAAGAACUGCUGUAAUCUUCCAGUCCUAUACAUAGAGACAGGCUGCUCAGUACCUGUGCCAGAUCUUUCUUCCUGUGAUCUGUUCUGAACCUUCCAAGGUCUGUGCAAUUGGUUGCAUGAUGCAUAAGUGAGGCAAUCGAGAAAGAGAAUCCCUGUGCCAGAAGGAGCUUCUUCCUUCAACUGCUUCACUGUGCAUCUUAAGGACUUCUGUUUGCUUUAAAUAGAUGUGAAUUUGGACUUUUUCAUGUACAAGAGCUUUGUGGUCUAGACCCAAAAUAGUUUGGUUAGGUUUUCAGAGGGUUUUAGUGAUGGUUGAUUGUCACCUGAAAUCACUGUAUUUCUCCAGAAACACAUACAAGCUGGUAAUUGCAUAUUAGCAAAACAAGUGUAGUAAUUCAGUUAUUAUUCUGCAGGUAAUUCUAUUGCUGUUAAAACAUCUAUUAUUGUGUUAUCCUUUGUUGAGAGACUGCUCAUAAAACCAACUCUCAUUUGUUUCUGUUGUUGGCAAUUAAAAGUUGAUGUGAUUGUUGAAAUGAAGUAGGGGGAGAUCACAUGAACCUCUCUUGACAAAUGUCCUCAUGAAAAUGUCAUUCCAGAAGUUCAGAGCUUUCUCUGGAGGACAGUCUUGCCAAGGAACAAGGUACUGUUGCGUCUGCUGGUAGUGUUGACAAUCUGAUCCUGCCCUUGAACUUCUCAUGACUAGGAAGUACAUUAUCCCAUAAGUGGCUGUAGACCUUGUUUAGCAAGAGUGCAGAUGUAGAUAUGAGCUGAAUAAGAGAUUUGUGUGUUUUUUACCUUCCUUCCUGUCCUGUGGCAUCCACAGCUCUGGCAUUUACAUCUUGUUGAAGCCAGUUUCAUACAGAGUUUAAAUUACUAGUAAUUUUAAAUAUCUGCAUAUCAAUAUGAAUAUCUGCAUGCAUAAAACAGUUGAGAGGUUUGGUUCAGUUAAAUUGCAUAGGAAGGGAAUUCAAUGACAGGUAUUCCAAGGGCCAGGUAUAUACCAGUUUUAGAAGGUAGCAGGACACUUCAAAUCUUUAGAUAUGUGCUGGUAGUUAAGGUUGUGGUGCCUUGACUAGUUAGAUGUUCUUGUUGCUUGUUGGUGUUUGGUGUUGUAUACACAUGCUUUACACCUUUGUAGCACUGUGGGAAAAACAUAAAUGGGAUGUCAGGUCUGAGACUGUCCUGCCCUGUGGGACUUGGCCUGGAUUAAGUGGAUAACUGAAAUAAUAACAUACUAAUGGGUUAAAGAUUGAAAAAGUAAAAAAUGAUGUCUUAAAUUUGCUGUAACAGCUUGAUUAACAGCAAGAAGCCGUUCUCAUUUUUCAAGUAAUUUUAUUUGUAUUAGAUGAAACUUUUUAGGUGGGUAAGGAAUUUUGAUUGAUGAGAGUUAAUUUGCUGACAGCUACAAAGAGCAUUGCUACAAGAGAUGAGGUUUUGGACUUCAGAUGUGUGCCACAGUACAUCUUCUUUGUAUGAAGUGGAGGUAGGAAUAGCAAAGCCCACAGGCUGGUCACAUUGAUUAGAGGGAUGAAGCCCCUCUCCUAUGAGGAAAGGUUGAGAGAAGAGAAGGCUCUGCUGUGAUCUAAUUGUGGCCUUCCAGUACAUGAAGGGAACCCACAGUAAAGAUAGAGAGAGACUACAAGGGCCUGGAGUGACAGGACAAGAGGCAAUGGCUUCAAACUGAUGAACAGCAGGUUUAGAUUGGAUAUUGGGAAGAAAUUCUUCCCUAUGAGGGUGGUGAGGCCCUGGCACAGGUUGCCCAGAGAAGCUGUGGCUGCCCCAUCCCUGGAAGUGUCCAAGGCCAGGUUGGAUGGGGCUCUGAGCAACCUGGGAUAGUGGGAGGUGUCCCUGCCCAUGGCAGGGGGUUGGAACGAGAUGAUCUUUAAACUCCCUUCCAAUCCAGGCCAUUCCAUGAUUCUAUAAUCUGCUAAGUCUCUGCUGUGGUGUUGAGAGUAUCACCACACUAUCAGCAAAAAGUUCUUCCCCCAGAGGAUGGUUGGGCACUGAACAGGGCAGUGGUCACAGCACCAAGGCUGACAGAGCUCAAGGAGCAUUUGGACAACACUCUCAAGCACAUGGUGGGAUCUUUAGGCUAUCCUGCACAGGGCCAGGAGUUGGGCUUGAUGAUCCUUCUGUAUCCUUUCCAACUCAGUAUAUUCUAUGACUAUGAUUCUAUGACGUAGCCUGGAUAUCCAGAUGAGCUUGGCCCCCUCCUCCUUGUCUUUCUCAAGUAUUGAAGCAGGUCUGUUUUGCUAAUUUGUGCUCUCAGUAUAGUUUUGAUUGAAAGCAACAGCAAACACAGGACUAAAUAGCAAAAAUUGUAUUGUCUAGAAGCCCUCAGAAUUGUUUUACUGUUAGUAUUUUUUAUUGAUAAUGAUUUUGUGGCAAACACCUCUAACAUAUGCAGGACUUAGGCAGGUUUUAAAUUAGCUAAAAUAUGCCAACUUUUAAAUCUCUGAUGGAGUUUUCUGAGCUAUCAUAUACUGUGCACAACAGAGUUGCUUACUAUGGUGGCUGUAAUCCAUGUUCCUGCAGUUCCCUUUUUCUUGACUAGUCACUGAAUGAAAAACCCAAUUCACUCUGGCAUUCAGAGCUCCCCUAAUACUAUUCCAGUGAAGGAGCAAUGCUUUUUUUUUUUUUUUCUUUUCUAUUGAGUUUUUGCUGAAACUGAAAGCCCUGAAGCUUUUAUGUGUGGUCCCUACAGAGCUGACCUCACAGUUGUACUGUCAUUCAUCAAAGGACACCCAUUCCUAGACUGUAAAAGUACCAUGUUCCUGAUGUCAUCUCUCCAUGUGCCAGCCAGGCUAGUGAACAUCUGCAACAGCACCACCGGGAACACUUCAGGAACAGGACAGGUUUUAAAAUAUAAAAUAUGCUUCAUAGUAUUUUUAAAAAAAGAAAAUCCAGUUUACGUGAACAAUAAAAUACUUUGUCCCAAAUGAAACUGGUGAAAAUUCACUUCAGCUGAUUUUUUUUUUCACCAGGGUAAAAAAGAAGUUUGAUGGAGAAGUUUGUGUCUGUAAUUCUGAGUCUAAUACAUCAAUAUAAAUAGCUCAGCAAACAUUACUUGAAGUUACCAGAUAGAUAUACUAAAAUACAGUCCCAUCUACACAUAACAGAUAGAAAAGGCUGGUCUGAUUUAUUACUUUCUCUGAUUUGCACGGAUAAAUCACUGAAUCUUUUUAAGGACUGGGCCACAAACACUAUAGAAAUGAAACCUGUUGGUUCAUGAACAAUUAAAAAACUUCAACUUUUUAGGAAGCUCAGCAAAAAAAAAAAAAGUGUGUAAAAUUCACCAUCACUGUCUCCCUGAACCUGAAUCAACAAAACCCUGGAUCAACAAUAUGAUACCAAAGGUCAGACAAAUCUUUUCCUUAACUGGAUUGCCCUUCUGACCCUGAAAAUUCAAAACCCUCACCCUAAAUCACCUUUCCCAAAAGUAUCUAUUUAAAUUCUUUCAUAGUUUCCACAUAUCAUGGAAAUAGAGUAAUUGUCCAGCACCAUCAACAGGUGAUGUGUUUCAAGGAAAAACUACCACCCCAUGAUAUGCCUAAUUCCCAAAGCUGCUUUCAAAAGCUAAUCUUUGGUGUUUUGCCCUUCAGAAAUGCUUGUGAUGUAUCUGAUGACAGGCCCAUGGUACAAGAAAUGGGGUUACCCUCGGGUUUUUUGGGGAGUUCUGCUAAUAAAAUGUGCUCACUGGGAAAAUAAAGGAUAUAUCCACACCCUAGGGUCAGGUUCCCCCCAGGUGACCAAGCUUGGUGACCCAUCACUUGGCUUUGAGCUCUUUCUUGGUGGGUGGGGGUUGGGUUCCAGGGCGCUGGUUCUGCCUUUGGAACCUCCACUCCCAUCUCCAUGGGACUGAGUCACAGACACUGCACUCGCUGACUGGACCUGCUCCUGGCUGUGGCUCUCUGCAUUUUCCCUUGAUAUGGUUGCUGGAGAUCACAGGGGGGCAUACCUGGUGUCACUGUCAAAACCCUCAAAAUAUUUUUCUGUAUUUUUAAAAACAAUAAAGGUUUCCCUGUACCUUUAAAAACAGUAAAUGUGACUCCCCUAUGGGCCUAGGCAGGAUAUGAGGGGAUGACUCCAGCUGAGUUUUCUCUGCCUCCCCUGAGUGAGCGAGUGAGUGAGUGAGUGAGUGUUCCCACUGUUCUCUGCUCCCUCAUUUGGUGGUUUCCACAUAUUUUGAGCACACAAAAGGCUUGUUGACAGCCCCUUGUGAUGGGCUGAAGGAGUGCUCCAAACAGACCAGUUUCCAGGCAUGAUCCCUCAUUUUUACUGCUUGCAAAGCUGUCAUGGCCUGAAGAAACCUGCAGAAGAAAUGCUGGCCUGGUUCCCACUUGGCCAGGCUCCCAAGCGUGACACUAAAGGUCAGUUGUUCCCUCCUGUGGAAUCCCAUUCCUCUUCUGCAUUCUAUUCCCUCCUUUUACCAGUCUCCUAAUCUGAGAGAUCAUGUGGGGAGAGGCAAGAGAGGGUGGGGGAGGAGUGUGUGAUGUAACCUCUGCUCUGGCAAAGUUACGAGACAACACCACAGUGCCCGCAGCUCACGGUGGGAUUUUGGUGGCUACCGCUGGGACACUUAAAUAAGAGGCAGGAAGAUCCAUGCCCAGGAGGUAUGAAGAUCUACCACAGCUGUGUGGAACCCAACAGCUGAUGUACUCACCUUGCUUGUGGAGAAGAAAGCUGAGCACAGUGUCUGCAGCUCCUUGGUUUGCUGCCUCUACAUGCACCCGGAGUGAGGCGACCAGUGGCUACAUCCCGAGGACACCCCUGAGGAAAGGGAUGCUCAGAGCCAGCUGCACUGCUGGGGUGAGUCUGUCCCUUCUUCCUGGGUUUUCCCGACUGUUUGGGAGGGAGGGAAAGGAAGUGGAGUGAGCUGGAAUGUGUAUGGAUUGUUUGAGGGCAUUUAACCGAAUGAAAUCCCUGCUGGAUUGACUCUGUGCCAGCUGAUAAUCACCGAGUAAUCUCAGUGCUGGCAGAUUCUGCUCGGAUUACAAGGGCAUGUGUCUGUGUGUCAGGAGGUGUAUGAGACCUGCUGGGCAUCACGGGGGGUGUGUCAGGGAAACCAAAAAGGGGUUUGACUGCAAUGAUUGGCUGCAGGAGAGAAAUUUGGGCAAGUCUGUCACCUGUGCAUGCAGGAGCACAUUACAGUCAAGGGAGGAAGUCAAGGGAGAAAAUGUGCUUUUCUCAAUACCAGCAAGAGAUGAGACUGGGAGGAACUGGUCCUGUGUAUUUGCUAAUGAAGAGAACUGGAUCAGAUAACAUGAUCUGUUAAAGUAACUGCAGUAAAGUGUUUUCUAGGUGAACUUCCAAGUGCCAUUGAAAAUGUCUCCCUGCUAAAGGAAAGAAGGGAAGAGGAGGAGCAUCAUUAUAUAUAACUUGUGAUGGCUUCAACCUGGCAGAAAACUCAGGAAUUCUACAACUGGGUUCUUGAAAGUGGAGAUCCAAGGACAGACCCAUGGCCACUGGUCUACUCUCCACUUCCAGUCACACUUAUCUUUGCCUCCUACCUCCUUGUCGUGGCCCUGGGGCCCUUCUUCAUGCGGCAGCAGAGACCCCUGGAGCUCAGGGGCCUGCUGGUGGCCUACAAUCUAGCCAUGAUGGCAUUGUCAUGCUACAUGUUUUACGAGUUUUUGGUAACUUCAGUCUUGGGCAACUACAGCUACCUGUGCCAGCCAGUGGAUUACAGCUGGAGUGAACUAGGAAUGCGGCAGAUGGCAAAAGUGUGUUGGUGGUUCUUCUUCUCCAAAGUCAUCGAGCUACUGGAUACGGUUUUCUUUAUUCUGCGCAAGAAACAAGAGCAGGUGACUUUCCUUCACGUGUACCAUCAUGGCACUAUGCUGUUCAACUGGUGGUCAGGGGUCAAAUAUGUGCCUGGAGGACAAGCCUUCUUUAUUGGGAUGCUGAACUCCUUUGUCCACAUCUUCAUGUAUGGCUAUUAUGCCCUGGCCAGCCUGGGACCACGGAUGCACCGUUACCUGUGGUGGAAGCGCUACCUGACCAUCAUGCAGCUGUGCCAGUUUGUGGCCAUUGCUGCUCAUUCUUCCUACAACCUCUUCACAGAAUGCCCGUUCCCAGAUGGCUUCAACACUGCAGUCUUCCUCUACGUCCUCAGCCUCAUGGCUCUCUUCCUACACUUCUACUACCGGACCUACAUUAGGGGGAAGCAGGAGAAGCUCACUUAAAGGAAAUCAAAUAGGACACUGAGCAGAGGCUGAGGAACUUGCACAUUCUCUGCUGCUUGUAAUGGGGUUGCAGGAAGAAAAAUGUCUUUUGGGGAGUGUGUGUGAGGCUCAUAUCCUGCCUUCAAAUACCUCAAGUUAGGGAGAGAAAAGGAAGGACAAAGCCAGGGAUUAAGGUAUUGAGGAGCUUGUUUAAUAAGGCUGAGGUAAAGCUAAGCCAAGUAGUCCCCAGCAUAGCAGGCUUUGUGAAAUUAGCACAGGAAGCUCUUUUUCCCUCCCAUCAGUUUCCAAGGUCUGGCAUCCAACCACAACUCCCUUGUCUCAUUUCUUAGGCUGUAGAGGGUUUCUUUGCAUUAAUAAAAUUAUCUCAGCUUGCUGCUCUGGAUCAGGCAGGGCCACGUGCCUCCAGCCUUGUCCAAGCAAUGCCCAAGUAGCCAGGAACUCACUGGGACUGCAGGAUGCACUCACCUGUACACUGCAUCCCAAAGCUCCUGCUAGAAAUGGGGUGAAAUACAGCUAUAUGACCCUAAUGGUUUAACUUUAUAUAAGCAUGAGCAUGAAGGAAGUUGGACAUUAUGUUGUCUGGCUGGACAAGUCCCUUCACUGUCCUGAAGUGAAAGAAGGCAUUUUUAGCACUUUCAUCCUAAGGAAGUGCAGUAAGAACCACCAUGUACCGUUUUCUGGAAUGCUUAUUUGCCUUUGGUUGCUCUCAUAACAACAGAGAACUUUUAAUGCAUGAAGACUACUUGGUAUUGCUCCUUAUAGGUGCCAUAAUUUUACUAGAAUGGACUGAGGUUCCCUAUUCAUAACAUUUUUCCUCCAUUUUUUUAUUAUUUUUAAUAUUAUUAUUUUAAAAUUUUGCUUCUCAUCAAACGUGAAGAGUUUAACAACACCAUAAGCAACCACCUCCACUACCUAAUAUUUGUAUAAAUACCAAAUGUAUAAAGUCGAUUCAUUGCCUAGUGCAGGGCUCCAUAGCUCCACUGACUUUAACACAUUAUUUAUUGGCUUCUGUUUUACUCCUAAAUCCAUUACAGCCAGAAUUUUGCACUUAUAUUCAUCUUCAGACAGUUAAAUACUGUUAAAGUUUUGAUGUGGCAGUGCUUUGAAGAGCCUAAAUUCAGAUUUUAAACUACGAAGUGGCAUUUAUUUAUUGCACUCUGCUUUGUUGACUAAAACUAGUAGUAUGGAGUAGUGAUAUUUUCACAGUUGAAACACAAAGGUCAUGAAGGAGAGGAUUAGAAUUGGUAACAUGGUGCAUUGCCAUCGCCAAGCCAAAUCCACCUUGUAUGUAAAAAAGUCUGACUCCACUGGGAAUGUCCAGAGGACCAGAGCUAGUCUGAACCACAAUGGCACAUCUUAAACAUCAUUCCUUUAAUUUGAGUAGUCUUUCUUCUGAUUGUUACUGGUGAGUAUGGAAAGCAGAGCAGGGCUUAUUUUUACAACUGUGCAAGUUGUUUUUCUCCCUGUCAAAUAUUUUUCCAUGCUAAUUACUAAAUAAACGGUCCUGCUUUUGCAUACUGGAAUUCUACUUUUGUUAGAAUUUUAAGUAGCAAACCUCUGGGUGGGUCCCUCAUUCUUCCCUUUCACUUUAGUUGGAAAGGCAGGAAAAAAAGACCUGCAGUGUAUCUCACGUACUGUGCUCAUUUUGAGGAUUUCCCCGGGGGCCUCUCCAGCACUGAAGACUCAGUGCAAGCAAAGCUGUUUCAUUACUCCUGUCCACUUAAAUACUCACAACCCUCUCUUGCUUAAACCAUCAGUACAUUGAGCCCUCUCAUUUCAUGGUAGAGCAUAAUUUCCUGCAGCUGAGUGAAUGAUCUGUGCUUACAAAGCAAUCUAAUGCUCUUUCUCAUGUACAUGAGGGGUUCAUGAGUAGGUCCCAACUUCAGUUUCCCCUCACAUAAACUUUUUCAGAUUGCAGUUACUAACUUCAAAGGCUUCACUAAUAAUUUUAUACCAGAGUAAGCAUCACAUAUUUUGAUUUUCCUUGAUUCAUUCAUAAUUCACAGCCACUUGAAGAUUAGAAAUGAGCAGGAAAUUUGAAUGAGAUUACUCCAUGCUUUUGCAAAUCCACUGCUUCUUAAAAUGUAUAAAUUUGUAAACAUGCCAUCUAGUUUGUUUUUUUUUAAAGCAGCCUGUGCAGCUGAAUUUGUAUCUGUGUAUGACAGAGCUUCCUGCCAUGGAUUCUGGAGUGUGACUGGCCACAUAGCUGGUAACAAAAUACAAAAGUGUGAUUUUGUCACCUGACAACUUGAAAUAAAUGACUGGUCACCUAAAUCAGACACCACUGACAAUAUUUGUCCUAGACAUGCAACCUUUCAUCUACCUGUUCCUGUCCCUCUUCCUCACAGCCUGAAUGAGGGGCCUGAUCUUGCAUUUUUGAAUUGGUAAGAGCUUUUUGUCAGUGUCACUUCAAUGGCAUAGGAUGAAAAUGAAGUAUUUUCUGUUUCUGAUAAGGAGGGAUUAAGUCUGCCCAGAAACACCACAGAGGAAUAGGCAUUGGUGUGGAGUACAAUCCUCACAGAAGCAUUGAUGCAAGCAAAAUUCACUUGUGAGAGUAUUUGCACUAGCAGGGAAGAUAAAAUUGGAUUGGUGUAUCUGAGUGGCUCUGCAGGUCUUGAUACUUUAUUCCUUCAGAGUUCACUUGUCUUCAUUCUGUUUUAAAUUGUGUUGUCACAGUUGGAACUGUCCACCUGGGCCAUUCUGUUGAAACAAGAGCAAAAACUUGAGAGUACAGGUAUGUGCCCCUGAAUUUAGCAGAAAAUAAAGGCACAGAAUGGGAUUUUCCCUCUAAGAUCAAGUCCCUGGAAUUUAAGAUUACACCACAGCAAAGCACUGGAAGUCGAAAGGGCUGGGAAUUAUAAAUUGCAAGUUUGGGUAGCUCAUGCUGUCUGGCAGAGUCCAAAGCUUUGAGGAUGAGUUGAAAAUAUCCUGUCGCAGCUGGAUUUGUACAAACCUCUUGGCCAAAUGCUGAUUCCACUGCAGAAUUCUCUGGAAACAAGCUGCCACAGCUGUGUGGAAAACAACAUGCUCAGCUCCACAGCCUGGUUUGCAGUGAGCAGGCUGGGGUGUUACUCAAGCUUAACAUGACAUUUAAGGGCAGAGUUGUGUGUAAGUCUCCCCCUUAUAAAAUGUGGGUCAUUAUAGUUCUUAGAGUAGUUUACAUGGACAAGAUGUAAAGCAUAAUGGAAGUAGUCUGUUUAAAUGAAUAAGCUUGAUAUCUGCUAGUGCUCAGCAUCUUUCCUGCUGUUCCAGUCAAUGUAAAUUAUGGAUGUUGUGAUCAAAUUACUUUUGAAUUAACCAGACCAUUUACUCAAUGCUUACUUUCUGUCUGAAGAUAAAUGAGAGGGAUUCUCAUUUUAAUCAAAACAAAAUACAGAAAAGAAAAUCAAUUAUUAUUUAAUGUUUUUUCCAUCCCCGUGUGAUGGAAAGUUUCCAGAGGAACCUGGGCUUAAAAUUGCAAAGCAAAGGCAGGAACGUGGUUGGGUUUUAACUAUUGGAUUUUUGUAUAUUAUCAGAAAAUAUAGUGGUGUGUGGUUUUUUUUU